UUCCAGUGAAUUUGAAAGGUCAGAGAAAGGCGCACAAACGUCAGUGGAGCGUGUGGCCGGACUUUUGUUACUGUCCUCUGCCCUCGAAACAAGCAGAGAAGGGAGACAACGUGUGCUCUGAUUUUUAUGCACAAAGGGGGAUCGCGUGCUCGCCUCCGUGUGAUAAGGAGUGUAAAGAAGAACCUGUGUUGUCUGCGUUCCAGUUUUGGAAACCGUGGAGAGAACUUCACAGAAAUCACAACAGAUUGCCUUCCAAAGCGGAGAGUUCUGUGGGACUGCUGAAAAACCACAAAAUGAACAACACAAGUGACACUGAAGCCGAUCGUUUUGCUUAUUACUACAACAUUCUCAGACUGUAUCACGGCUCCUACAUCUGGGUCCUCGCAGCCUUUGGCGUCCCUGGCAACGUGGCCUGCAUCCUGACAGUUGCUACAAUGACCCUCACCACGGCCACCGUAUACGUGGUGCUGUUGGCGGCGGCAGACCUCGCAGCUCUGGUGCUCAAGGUAAUCUUUCACCAGAUUUACUAUCAUGAAGUGCCGGUAAAUACAUAUCUGUGUAAAGGGGAUGUGUUGGUUCAGGUAGUCAGCUGCUACGCCAACUGGACCCUCGUCCUCAUCUGUUUCGAGAGGUUCCUAGCCGUGUGCUAUCCAUUGAGAAGAAAUGCUUACUUCACUACGAGGAAAGCCAUUGUCAUUGCCGCGCUACUUGGUCUGACCCUGUGUUUGUGUUUGCUGUAUGGAUUUAUUAACAUAGACAAGAAAGGAAGUGGAGACUGUGACUACCCGGAGUUCGUCAAGACCUACUGGAGCUGGAUUGUAGCCUCCAUUUACUUUUUUCUGCCCUUCAUCCUCCUGUCUAUCUUUACCUGCCUCAUCAUCGUCAGUCUCAGGCAGCAGAGAAAGACGCGCGAGGCCAUCAGGGCGACAACCCAGUCCACAUCAGGGAGGACAGCUGAGGCACGAGUUGAACAGACCAUUUGUAUCAUGAUGGUGUGUGCUGCAAUCGUCUUUCUGAUACUCACCUUGCCGACCUGCAUCUAUCAUCUCAUUACACUAUCGGACACAAUAAAUGCAGAGACCAUAGAAAAGAUAUUUACGUGGAGUAUGUUUCAACAACUUGCCAUAAGUUUAUCAGAAGCCAAUCACGCUGUCAAUUUUUACAUUUAUUUUCUGUCUGCCAAGAGAUUCCGCUCUCGUUUCAAGGAGCUGAUGAAAAAAUGUUUUUCCGUUCAUCUAAGACGAGAUUCCGAAAGUAGCUGCGUAGGUUACACCUUGAAGACACAGAGCUCCGUGUUACCGGAGACUAGCAGGAGUGAAGCAAAGAUGUAACAAUUCAACACAGACCUAGCUUGGACCUCAGGCUGUUACAAGCGAAGUCACAACUAUAAUCUGUGUCGGUUAACACGCAAACAGGUGUCGGCACACCUAAACUCGAACUCCCUCUAAUCGAAUUUACCGUUAAAUAUUGGCAUAAAUGUUGUUGAAUCUGCUUUUAUCCCCAUAAAUAAUCUUUGCAUAUUUAAUUAACAUCUUACUUAAUGUCUGCUUUUUGUGUACAUGAAAAAAAUAUUUUACAAUCAUAAUCUGCCUGUGUGUAUAUGUCACUGUUCUGUUUUUACUUGAACAACAUUCUGUAAUGUAGAUAUAUUCUCGUACACUGGCCUACAAAAUAUGUUGUAUCUUUAUGUCGAGUUAUAUUUUAACCUCAUAUAUCAUUGUUAAUGAUAUUGUUUCCAGGAACACCUGCAUGAGACUUUAAUAAUGAUUUUAAGUACAUUUUCUACAUUUAAUUGCUUAACUGUCGUUGCUCUUACUUGACCAUGUUACUUUGCCUUACUGUGAUGUUUAAAACAUGUGUAAAUAUAGUGUUUAUUAAUGUUUAAUUUCCAUUAACAUAGAACAUUAAAUCAAUAAUGAUAAAUAUGUUGAUUCUGCCCUCUGGCUUUGCUUCAGGGUUGAGAUCAGUGUUUCUCUUGCUGUUUCCCCAUGUUAACCGUGAAGUGUGAAUAAAUACUGUGAUGAA